UACAGGCGCAGUGCGCAUUACAAGUACAAAAUGCUCACGUGGCGAAAAAUGGGAGACUAUGCGCAGUGCGCACCGAUGCACAGGUUAGGCGUGGUGGACUGCGAUAUCCUACUCGGCACGCUUUUCUUCACUUUCUCUCUGCCUUCCUCCAUUUGCCAUCUUUUAUGUCAGAUUCAGCUGAGGUGGAGUGAACAGCUAAAAUAAUAAAAAAAGUUAAUUAAAUUAUUUUAAAUUUAAAAUUAAGAUAUAUUAAAUUAUUUUAAUUUUAAAAUAAAAAACUUAAUUAUUACAAAUUAUAAUUAACCCGAAAAACAAUAAUUUUUUCUGAUAAUAGUUUAUUAGAUAUAUUCCUUCCUUCUCUGUUGCUUUUGCUAUAAUACGCAAGUGCCUGGGUUUCGUUCUUCUUUGGCCUCUGGGUUAUCAUAAGUUGCCUGCUCCUUCUCCGGGCAUAGCUCAGUGGCUGCUUCAUGAAGUGUGUGGGAUCACUUAUCACCGUAGCUCUGUAGUGUAGGUUUCCUCUAUCUUCUUUUGAAAAAAAAAAAAGAAAAGCGAGAGAAGAGGAGAGGGAGAGCUGAGGGGAGCCAAUCCUUUUUCUCUUGAAUUUGCGAAGUCACAAAGGUGCAACAUUUGCAGCUUAAGCUUUAAUGGUGGUUUGAGCUGCGGUGAUUUGGAGGGUUUUAUUUUGGCAAACUAUGGAUCCAAAUUCGAAGAGGAAGAAGGAAUCGCCACCCGAGACAAGUCGGUCAUCUCCAUUUCCGGACGAGGUACUGGAGCGGAUUCUGGGUCUUUUGAAGUCUAACAAGGACCGGAGUUCGGUUUCUCUAGUAUGCAAGGAUUGGUACAACGCGGAGAGCUGGUCGCGCACUCAUGUUUUUAUCGGCAACUGCUACUCCGUUUCUCCCGAGAUCGUCGCUCGUCGUUUCCCGAAAAUCCGGAGCGUUACUCUCAAAGGAAAACCCAGAUUCUCGGAUUUCAAUUUGGUCCCUAGGAAUUGGGGUGCCGACAUCCAGUCUUGGCUUGUCGUUUUUGCCUCCAAGUACCCAUUUCUAGAAGAACUUAGGCUUAAAAGAAUGACUGUCACUGACGAGAGCUUGGAGUUUUUGGCUCUCAACUUUCCUGACUUUAAAGCUCUAUCGCUUCUGAGCUGUGAUGGGUUCAGUACAGAUGGGCUAGCAGCCAUUGCUACUCAUUGCAAGAACUUGACUGAGCUUGACAUACAGGAAAAUGGCAUUGACGAUAAGAGUGGCAACUGGUUGAGCUGCUUUCCUGAAAACUUUUCAUCAUUGGAAGUACUUAACUUUGCCAACCUGAAUAGUGAUGUCAAUUUUGAUGCGCUUGAGAAACUAGUUAGCAGGUGCAAAUCAUUAAAGGUUCUGAAGGUCAACAAAAACGUUUCUUUGGAACAACUGCAAAGGCUGCUUGUUUGCACCCCACAAUUAACAGAGAUUGGUACAGGCUCUUUUUCACAAGAGCUCACUGGCUGCCAGUACACUGAACUUGAAAAUACAUUCAACCAUUGCAAGAGCUUAGAAACCCUUUCUGGUUUAUGGGAAGCGACGGCACCUUAUUUACCAGUUCUCUAUCCAGCUUGUACGAACUUGACUUUCUUAAAUUUAGGCUAUGCUGCUUUGCAAAGUCAUGAACUUGCUAAUCUUCUUCGUCACUGCCCACAACUUCGUCGUCUAUGGGUCCUGGACACUGUAGAGGACAAAGGGCUGGAGGCUGUUGGAUCAAACUGUCCUUUGCUGGAGGAACUUCGUGUCUUCCCUGCUGAUCCCUUUGAUGAGGAAAUUAUCCGUGGGGUGACUGAAGCAGGGUUUGUUGCAGUGUCUUAUGGUUGUCGGAGACUUCACUACGUUCUCUAUUUUUGCCGGCAGAUGACUAAUGCUGCAGUAGCAACAAUUGUGCAAAACUGCCCAAAUUUCACCCACUUCCGUCUCUGCAUUAUGAAUCCAGGGCAACCAGAUUACAUGACAAAUGAACCCAUGGAUGAGGCUUUCGGUGCAGUUGUGAAGACUUGCUCAAAACUUCAGAGACUUUCAGUUUCAGGCCUCUUGACUGACCUGACAUUUGUGUAUAUUGGGAGGUAUGCCAAAAAUUUGGAAACUCUUUCAGUAGCUUUUGCUGGCAGCAGUGACUGGGGGAUGCAAUGUGUGCUGGGAGGUUGUCCAAAGUUGAGGAAACUUGAGAUAAGGGAUUGCCCAUUUGGAAAUGCAACACUUCUCUCGGGUUUGGAGAAGUACGAAUCUAUGAGGUCACUUUGGAUGUCAUCCUGCAAUGUGACAAUGAAUGGCUGUCGGCAAUUAGCAAGGGAGAUGCCAAGAUUGAAUGUGGAGGUAAUGAAGGAGGAGGGGAGUGAUGACAUUCAGGCUGAUAAAGUUUAUGUUUACCGUUCUGUUGCAGGUCCAAGAAGAGAUGCCCCUCCUUCUGUCCUCACUCUUUCAGGUUUAUAAUGUUCCACAGAAGCCAUGAUGCAAUCCAUAUUUAUGAUAUGGAUGGUCAGAAAGAAGAUGAGAAGGGUCCAUGAAACUUGAAUUCAUUGUUUUACUUCUGCUCGUUCUCUCACGCAGAGAAUUGUGGAAUAUGAAAGUGAAAAAGAUACAUUGAAAACAAAUCUUAUUCAUCAACAAUGUUCAGCGGAGCAAACAAGCAUCUAAUUGAUUUACAGCGCAUCACAGAAUUGCAAGACUGCCAAUAUAGAAGUAGAUGAAGUAGCCAUGGUAGUGCGUCACAAAGGAACCAAAAUCUGUCCCCACUUUGCAUUGCCAUCCAGGUCUAUGCAGCCUGUCAAAAUCCUGCGAUAACAAGAGAGCUUCAGACGUGCUUUCCUUAGUCAUCGAAACCACAAUAUUGAAUCAGUAUGGGUCCUAAUGUCAAUUUAAUUGAGGAGAUCACCUUUUUUAUGAAGCAAGUUAUAUCAUUCGACCAAGAGACACUGAAGAUAUGAAGGGCCUUUGCAGCUAAGUGAAGGGCAUCUUGCUGCAUAGUUUGAAGCAUAUCAGUCUCACCAAUAACAGCUUUGCCUUCUAACAUGGCUGAAGAAAGCUAUGUUAUUGAGAAAAGGUAGAAGAGGUAAAAGGAGAAAGCAGUGGGUAUUGGAGGCGAGGUAUGUGGUGUGAUUUUAUAGACCCCAAUGAAGGGGUGGGUGUUACUGGACAAGGGUUUUCUCAUCAGCGGGUGCAAUGUAAUAAAGCCAGGUAUUGUUUGGUUUACAGUCUGAUGGGAUCAUUAUGUUUGGAUGCACCUACAAAUCUCUGCAAGGGCAGUAGACAAAAGACCAAUUCUGAUGAACAGCUUGUUGGGUGGUCAGUGGCAAAAGGUAUCAUUUUUUCUGGGUCCACAUUAUCUUGGAGAUUUCGUAUGUCCGUGGUUGAAUGGCUCCUGGUGAAUGUUGCAAGGUUGAUUGGUUGUCUUUUUGUCUGUGCAUCUUCAUCAUUUUCUUUUCAUUUUUAUUUUAAAUGGCUUUUGUUCUUAGGUCUAUUCAUUUGAAUCAAUUGACAGGUAGGCUGUUCCUAAGAAUUUGGAAUCCCGGAUUUAUAGAAUGGAUGCUUUCGAAGCUGUCCUCACACCAGGCAUGCUUAGGUGUAAACCAGAGAUUUUCUUAUGUUUGCAUCCCCCAUUUAAAUGCUAAAAUGAUAUUUUAUUCCCUGA